GGCUACCUCUCAUUCUGGAAUGAUAAUAUUUCUUAUACUUUAAGAGGAUGUAUUCUUAUGGAACUUGCUUUUCGUGGUCGAAUAGCCAUGGUUAAAGAAGCAGCUCGUCGAAAAUGGCCUCUUUCAGAUAGGUUCAUAGAAGUCAUUGAUGAUAAGGGGACAAAUGAAGUAUUGUUGGAUGAAGCAUUAAAAAUGAUGAAAACUAGUGAACAUAUGAGCGUUGGAAGUUGGAUUGAUCUAAUGAGUGGUGAAACUUGGAAUGUAAUGAAAAUUGGAUACCAAUUAAAACAAGUACGAGAACGUUUAGCAAAAGGAUUAGUAGAUAAAGGGAUUUUAAGAACUGAAAAGAGAAAUUUUUUACUUUUUGAUAUGGCAACUCAUCCUGUUAGUGAUUCUUCAGCAAAAGACGAAAUUGUUAAUAGAGUCAUUAAAACUUUAACUCAUUCUACUGCAGCUACAUCAUUAAAUUCUGAAGUACCUUUUAAUGAUUUACGUACUAUAUCAAUGGUAUGCGCCGCUUAUGCUGCUAAUGUAUUAGAAAAUGCCUUGUUACAGUUAAAUCAUGAAUUAAGGGAAAAAGCAUAUGCAAAAGUUGAUGAUUUAUUAAGUGAAUAUUCUGUUUGGCCCUUUUCAAAAAAAGUUAAAAUUGAUAUUCCUGAAGGGAAAGAAUUACAAAUUGAAGUGGUGGCUGCUGUGUUAAAUGUCUUUACAAAAAUGGAUAGUAUUUUGUAA